ACCUGAUUAGUGUGAACACAAAGAAUAAACUAUCUCAUUAUUUUCUUUCCCGUUCAACUCAGCCUUGAUGCCCAUGCCGCCGUCCUCUUCCUCUGCACUUUCCCGGCUUAUAAAAAAGCAAUUACAACACAGACCAUCUUUACCUAUCUCUCUCACCAACAUCACACUCAAACGCUUCACUUCAACACUCACCUGUGAGAAAAACCCAGGUGGGAAAAGCCCUGCCUUUAUUCAUCCUGCUGCCAUUGUGCAUCCUAAUGCUGUUCUGGGUCAGGGUGUUUCAAUUGGUCCCUUUUGUAGUGUUGGGUCUACUGUGAAGUUAGGAAAUGCAUGCCAACUGUACCCUGGUAGCCAUGUUUUUGGUAAGUCCGAAUUGGGCGAUAACUGCAUAUUGAUGACUGGGGCUGUGGUUGGAGAUGAAUUACCUGGGAGCACAGCUAUCGGGUGCAAUAAUAGAAUAGGACAUCAUGCUGUGGUAGGAAUCAGAUGCCAAGACUUGAAGUACAAGCCGGGAACUGAAUGCUUCUUAGAGGUGGGGGACAACAAUGACAUUAGAGAACAUACGUCUAUCCACCGAUCUUCGAGGUCAUGUGAAAAAACAAUUAUAGGUGACGACAACCUUAUUAUGGGGUCUUGCCACAUAGCCCAUGACUGCAAAGUGGGCAGUAACAACAUAAUUGCAAACAACACCCUUCUAGCAGGUCAUGUGGUGGUAGAGGAUUAUGUUCACACUGCGGGAGCAAGUGUUGUUCAUCAGUUCUGCCAUAUUGGUUCUUUUUCAUUUAUUGGCGGUGGUUCUGUGGUGUCACAAGAUGUACCAAAGUAUAUAAUGGUGGCCGGAGAAAGGGCGGAGCUACGUGGUUUGAAUUUAGAAGGCCUGCGACGUCAUGGGUUCUCAUCUUCUGAGAUGAGGAGCCUGAAAUCAGCUUAUAGAAAGAUAUUUAUGGCUAGUGAUGGAACUUCCGGAAGCUUUGAAGACCGACUUGCUGAAGUGGAGCAACAUCAAGAAUGGGCUCUUGUUCCUUCUGUGUGCUUUAUGGUGCAAUCCAUCCGUAAUUCUUUCAAAGAAGACCGUCGAGGAAUCUGCAAAUUUAGAUCUCGGAGUAGUGCAGGAUCUGUAUGAAUUUAUUCGCAGAGAAACACUUAGCAAGUGCUACUUGGCUUUUUGGGUUUCAUAAGGAACUGGAGAACAAGAAUCAUAGGCCCAAUACCAGGCACCCUACUGCGUGGAAAUAUCAGGGUUGAGAGAAAUAUUUAUAAAACUGACUUUACCUCCUGCGUUUUUUCGUAUGGUAAGGAGCAUGGACUGUAAUAAUAGCAUAGCUCGAGUAUCCUUGAACUUGAAGAAGACAGACAAUUUGAAAAUCGGUUGCUGAAAAGUUUUGCAUUAUCUCUGUAGUACAAUAUCUUACAGUCAUAUUUCAGGGUUUAGUUUUUUCUGUUUAAGCACUGGUAAUUUUCUGUGAGUACCAGAUUAUUCUCUACCAGCUUCACCAAGAAGUCUGGGGUAAUUUUUGCCCAAGAGAAUGCUGCGGGUUCUUUCAUUCCAGGUUUACCCCUGAAAUAUAUCUAGAGGUCAGUAUCAGCGGCAAAGCUAGAGGGUACAGCGGAUCAACGAAGAUGCCUUCUCGCUUAAUUUAUUUAGCAGUUUAUGUUGUGAAUUUCAAGGGGAACAUCAUCAGGUAAUAUUCUGGGUUCAAACCAGUCAUUAAUCAUUUUGCUAUCAUUCUUCUUUGUUUCUUUAACUUUUUAUACUCUAGUGACAAUCAAGAAAAAUGUUCUACACUUC